AUGAGGGGCUUCAAGGCUAGCGCUCGGGAAGGGUGGUUGUCGGCGUGGCGUGGUGCGCCUCAGAUCCGUCGCCCGCAGGCUUGGUGUAUUCAGGAGACGCAUGUACAUACUGACGAAGAGGCAGCUUCGGCCUGGGAACCGGAACGCUGGUCAUUCCGGGCGAUCGCAAUUUCCAUUGGGGAGGAUGUUCUGAUCAAUGUGUACGCACCUACACUGCGAGGUGAACGGGAGGACUUCUUUACUUCCCUUUUCAGCUGGAAUUCGAUGACCUCCAACACUAUUAUGGCAGGCGACUUUAAUUGCGUUCAGUGCCCUCUCCUCGAUCGGUACGGCAGUCACCGAUCGCACCGAUCGGAAAGCCCUGCCCUGGACGCGGUAGUUGCGACACUGAGCUUGGCGGAUGCGAGAGAUCUUCUGGAUCAUGCGGAUGACGAGGGCACUGGCGAUCCUACUGACCAUUUCACUUACUGGAAUGGGGGCCGUGCCAGUCGCAUCGAUCGUUUCUAUGUGCCUGAGGGGUGGGUAAAUCGCGUGCUGUGGAUUGAAGCGCGGAUGCCAUCAAAUCAGUCGGACCAUCAGGAGGUUGUGCUACACCUACGUGACCUGAACAAACCUCGUUCGUCAAGCCGGCAUGGGCGUGUAACAUAUCCGAUUCAUUCAUUGAACCCUGGCAGGAUCGUUGACGAACUUGUCGCGGAAAUGGACGGGAGGGAUAUAGGUCAAAGCGUUUCUACCCUCACUUGGGACGCGGAUGUCACAGAGUGUCAACAGUGCGUUCGACGCAUCCGGAAGCGGGUUCAACAGCGCAGAGCGCGAUUUCAUCGGAAGAUUCAGGGCAGAGCUCGGCGACCUCUCCUCACCCGGCCGCAAUUUAUCUCCUGCAAUAUGGAGGAAUUGCGGCAGGAACAUCUGGUGCGACUGGGUCAGAAGCUCGCCAGGAAGGCUGACCAGUUGCGCUAUUUUUACAAGCGGGUUGCCGACUGGGAACGCAAUCAAACAGUCACAACAAUUUCGCGCAUCCACGGCCCGCAUUUUACCCGGGAUAUGACUAUCGCGGAUAAAUUUGCCACCGAAUGGUCUACAGGCCUUGGCAAAGUUCAUUGCCAGGAGGAGAGAGUGGACUUGCCAUCAGCCAUUCGCCGUUUUGUCAAUCUACCCACAGACCGGGUCUUGUCUUCUGCCGACAACCGGGCUCUCUUGGGUGAUUUUUCGGAAGCGGAAGUCCUUGCAGCCGUUUCUGGGCUCAGUCGACAUAAGUCUGCGGGACUGGACGGGCUCAACAACGAUUUUACAAGGAUACGUCUGCACUUCUUGUCCCCGCCCUGGUCCAGCUCAGCCAUCAAAUUUUGGCUGGAGCUGAUCCCCCGCCUUCGUUUCUCGAAGCUUUGA